AUGGCCUGUCUUAUUGACCUGCCAAACGAGCUAUUGCUGGACAUAGUAAGCUACAUCGAAUACAACCUCGAUCUGGCAGCACUGUCCCAGACCAACCGUCGAAUCUACCAUCUUACGAGUUCGCUCGUGGACCAAAAAAUCAAUCAUAUGUUCAGAAAUAGCCGCCUAUAUGUCAGCGAAAGCCGUGCAAUGCAACGAGCAGCUGGAAAUGGAAACGUGGAUUGUGUCCGCAGGUUGUUUCGAGCCGGGAUCCCCGCGCGCCCCGACAUACACUAUGACCGCUGGAAGCCCAGUGAUCCGGCUACUGUUGCGGCCAUGUACGGACAUGCAAAUGUUGUUCGGCUGUUCUUGGAUGCUGGAGUCGAUCCAAAUGUUAUAACAUCCCAUCAAAGUUUAUGUGCCCGUGGUAAUCUUUUAACCAUCGCCAUCCAGCAAGGCCAUGAAUCGGUUGUUCAACUACUGCUGGAACAUGGGGUAAAGCUGGUUUUUACCAAGGAAGACGGGGAUAUAAACCAGCCUCUAUCCGUUGCAACGGAGUUCGGUCACUACGAGCUGGUGAAGCUGCUUCUAAAACAUGGGUGCAAUCCCCUGACACCCGAUUACCGACAGGAUGGUAAAGAUGAAACAUCGGCUUUCUUCAGAGCUGGCGCUCGGAGUCUGCCUAUUCUGCAGCUGUUCCUGGAGCCCAAUAUACCAAAGGACUACUUCUCUGAUCCUAAGUACAACUCUCAAGAGUUGGUAUUGAAGGUUCUUGAGUGGGGAGAUAUACCGCUGGCCAGGUUCCUUUUGGAUCACGGCGCCGAGCUUGCCAUACCAAAUUACGACUCAUCGGAACCUACUCGAGUCGUUCCACUUGAUGACGUUCUGUAUCGCGUCGGCUGUGUGUCUGGCCAGUAUCCUGAUAAAGCUGAUUUUCUCCUCCAAAAAAUCGAUGUAGAUAACAUCAUCAAAGACGGGAACUUUUCCGCUGUUGUUUGUCUUGCUGCUGGUGCGGCUCUCGGAGGCAAUGUGGGACUGCUUGACCGUGUGUUAGAGGUUGAUUGGGUACACACACGCAAAGUCAUUCAGCCACAGGACUGGAAAGAUCGCUUAACCUUGUACCUAGUCGAUGCAGUCCGCUGGGGUCAUCUUGAAGUUGCCAGACUGUUGCUUGAUCACGGUGCAGAUCCCAACGGCCCAGCCCCAGACGGCGAAGACUCAACAUUUACCAGGCCUGUAUACACUGCAGUGGAGAAGGGACACACAAAGCUUGUCGCACUACUGCUUGAUCGGGGAGCCGACCCCAACCCAGAAGACCGUGGUGGUCUGUUCUUGUUUGCCACUAGUUGUUGCUUACAUCAGGUAGUGCGGCAGACACGUUUGGAUAUUGUCCAGCUUCUGAUUGACAGAAAGAUCCAUGUGCCGGAGGUGUCAAGUGGCUUAGACCCAAUGACAUCUCUGGUCUGUUCGGGAGCUAAAGUAUUCCAGCUGGCUGUACAGCAUAUGAACCUCAAACUUAAAGUAGGUGACAUCUGGCAUAUGCAGGCCUUUCAGAUCGCAGUGAAGACUGGAGACAUUCCAAUUAUCACAGAAUUUCUCGAGGCAGGGUUUAAACCAAAUAAUUGGUCCUGGCUUCUGCCCAACGCGGCAGAUCAUUUUGACCCAGAUGUUGCCGAGCAGGCCGUUGAUCUGCUGCUCAAGUACGGUGCAGAUAUUGACGUACAGAGUCAUGAAACGAGCAGGCCAAAUCUUUACAGCUUUAAUUCGUCCUGUCUAGCAGUACGCAAAGACAGAGUUAUUAAGCUGCUCUUGAAGAAAGGCGCCAAUCCUUUCAGGGUUGACUGGUCCGGAAAACACGUUUUCAUAGCGGCAGCAGCGGCAGGCGAGAUUCAUUCUGUGAAAGGCGUAUUGGAGUACAUUGAGGAGACAGGUAUCCCAUUCGGUGAGGUGAGAUCCAUGGUUGAGGAAGCCGCGCGAUGUGCAACCAGUGCUGCGGAGUUUGCGGUACCUUUAGCUCAAAAAGGCCUACUAUCGACUAGCAGAGCAUUUGAAGGUCCCUUCCAGAAAGCUAGGAAUAUUACUAGAGUGGAGGAGUACUUAUGGCGUCGGUACUGGCGCAGAGUCUAUCCUUGUUAG